UCUUUCGUAACAAGAAACGCAGCUCAAACUUUUCCUAUAUAUACACAGCGCUUCGCUCCCACAAAUCUCUGAAUGCUAUAAUCCAUAAGGACGGGCAACGAAUUCCACUCGAUUUGAAGUUUUUCCAUUCAAUAGCCAUGAGCAAUCAAGCAGAAUCCUCCCAAUCCAAGGGUACGAAGAGGGAUUACAGUACGGCGAUUCUCGAGCGGAAGAAGGCGCCUAACAGAUUGGUGGUAGAUGAGGCUGUCAACGACGAUAAUUCGGUGGUUUCUCUUCAUCCGGAGACUAUGGAGAAGCUCCAGCUUUUUCGCGGAGACACCAUCUUGAUUAAGGGUAAGAAAAGAAAGGAUACUGUUUGCAUUGCAUUGGCUGAUGAUACUUGCGAGGAAGCUAAGAUUAGGAUGAACAAAGUUGUGAGGAACAACCUCAGGGUUAGACUUGGAGAUGUGGUUUCUGUGCAUCAGUGUGCUGAUGUUAAGUACGGGAAGCGUGUUCAUAUUCUUCCAGUCGACGACACCAUUGAAGGAGUUACUGGAAACCUUUUCGAUGCUUACCUGAAGCCAUAUUUUCUUGAGGCAUACAGACCUGUGAGAAAAGGCGAUUUCUUUCUUGUGAGGGGAGGAAUGAGGAGUGUGGAGUUCAAGAUUAUCGAGACCGAUCCUUCCGAGUACUGUGUAGUCGCCCCGGAUACUGAGAUCUUCUGUGAAGGAGAACCUAUUAAAAGGGAGGAUGAAAACAGAUUGGAUGAGAUUGGCUACGAUGACGUCGGCGGAGUUCGUAAACAAAUGGCACAGAUUCGGGAGCUCGUAGAGCUUCCCCUAAGGCAUCCACAGCUUUUCAAGGCGAUUGGUGUCAAGCCACCGAAAGGAAUUCUGCUCUACGGUCCUCCAGGAUCCGGAAAGACUUUAAUUGCUCGAGCUGUGGCUAAUGAAACCGGCGCAUUCUUUUUCUGUAUCAAUGGGCCUGAAAUCAUGUCGAAAUUAGCUGGAGAAAGCGAAAGCAAUCUUCGGAAGGCGUUUGAGGAAGCUGAGAAGAAUGCGCCGUCGAUUAUAUUUAUCGAUGAGAUCGACUCGAUUGCGCCGAAAAGAGAGAAAACUAAUGGAGAAGUUGAAAGGAGGAUUGUUUCGCAACUUCUGACACUGAUGGAUGGACUCAAAGCUCGUGCUCAUAUUAUCGUGAUGGGCGCGACAAAUCGUCCCAAUAGCAUUGACCCUGCGCUGAGAAGAUUCGGGAGAUUCGACAGGGAGAUUGACAUCGGUGUUCCUGAUGAAGUCGGACGCCUUGAAGUUCUUCGUAUUCAUACGAAGAACAUGAAGCUCGCUGACGAUGUUGAUUUGGAAAGAAUCGGUAAGGAGACGCACGGCUACGUCGGUGCGGAUUUAGCUGCUUUGUGCACCGAGGCUGCGCUGCAAUGCAUCCGGGAGAAGAUGGACGUGAUCGACUUGGAAGACGACUCGAUCGAUGCAGAGAUACUAAACUCAAUGGCUGUUACAAACGAGCAUUUCCAGACUGCUCUCGGAAGCAGCAAUCCCUCGGCUCUACGCGAAACAGUCGUCGAAGUUCCCAACGUCAGCUGGAACGACAUCGGAGGCCUUGACAAUGUCAAGCGUGAGCUCCAAGAGACGGUUCAAUACCCCGUGGAGCAUCCCGAGAAGUUCGAAAAGUUUGGCAUGUCUCCGUCGAAAGGAGUUCUCUUUUACGGCCCUCCUGGCUGCGGAAAGACGCUCUUAGCGAAGGCGAUCGCCAACGAAUGCCAAGCGAACUUCAUCAGUGUAAAGGGUCCCGAACUUCUCACGAUGUGGUUCGGAGAGAGCGAGGCGAAUGUCCGGGAAAUCUUCGACAAGGCGCGCCAAUCCGCGCCAUGCGUGCUGUUCUUCGACGAAUUGGAUUCGAUUGCCACCCAGCGAGGAAGCAGCGUCGGUGACGCCGGCGGCGCCGCUGAUCGCGUCCUCAACCAGCUUCUUACGGAAAUGGACGGCAUGAAUGCUAAGAAAACAGUUUUCAUCAUCGGCGCAACCAACCGCCCCGACAUAAUCGAUCCCGCUCUCCUCCGACCCGGCCGUCUCGACCAGCUCAUUUACAUACCGCUCCCCGAUGAGGAGUCCCGCUACCAAAUCUUCAAGGCCUGCCUCCGCAAGUCCCCCAUUUCGAAGGACAUUGACCUCAGGGCCCUCGCGAAGUAUACCCAAGGCUUCAGCGGUGCGGACAUCACCGAAAUCUGCCAGCGCGCCUGCAAAUACGCCAUCCGAGAAAACAUCGAAAAGGACAUCGAACGAGAGAAGAAACGGCAGGAGAAUCCGGAGGCGAUGGAGGAAGAUGACAGCGCCGAAGAUGAGGUGGCCGAGAUCACGCCAUCUCACUUCGAAGAGUCGAUGAAGUACGCACGAAGGAGCGUAAGCGACGCGGACAUACGCAAGUACCAAGCGUUUGCGCAGACACUGCAGCAGUCGAGAGGAUUCGGCUCGGAAUUCCGAUUUGCAGACAAUGUUGCCGCCGCCAGUGGUGGUGCCGCCGGUGGAUCCGAUCCCUUUGCAACUGCCGGCGCCGCCGGCGAUGACGAUGACCUGUACAACUAAGGUCACGUGCAUAUUUAAACCACCCUUGUUCGUUAAAGAAUUCUAUAUUGAAAACUCGUAUAUGAAUUUAUUCAUUUUGAUUA